AUUCUAUGCUUAUACUGUCUAGACUAGUCUAUGGAUAUUAUCUAAAAACUCGGUUGUCACUACGAUCAACACGAUAAGAAUAGUUUAAAUCGUUGUCUCUGAGACUUUCCGGUGCCCAGUGCCCACUGACCGGCACUUGUGUGGUCCCGUGAUGUUUGGCGUGUAUUAAAUUGUAAAAAUUCAUAUCGGCUUUUCAAUCUUUUUAAACAUCCCAGUUCGAUUCAUUCUGAGUUAUUCAAAUUUCACUCGUUUACACCAUGUAAUAAAUUCAGUUCUUUAAUAUAAGCACAUGCCAACCAUAUUCUCAUUUAACUAUAAUUUGUUCAUUUUUCAAAAUAAUGCAUAGUACUAAAUCGAAUGUAUCUUAUUUAACUUUUUAAUAUUAUUAAUAUUGUUCAGUAGAGUAAAUUUAUUACACAAGUUAUUUGAUAACUUCAUGAAUAUGUUAAAAUUCAAUAAUUUAAUUAAACAAUUGAAAACGAUAAAUAAUUUAAAUUUAACAAGAAAAAUGAACACCAAUAUAAAUUCUAAAUUAUAUCAUGAACAUAACAUUGUAUGGUUCGACGGUGAAAUGACUGGAUUGGACUAUAAUCACCAUACCUUGAUCGAAGCAGCUAUAAUUAUUACUGAUAAACAUUUAAACAUUUUAGCUGAGAGUCCAAAUAUUAUUAUACAUCAAUCAGAUGAAGUAUUAGAAAACAUGGAAGAUUGGCCUAAAAAUCAACAUGCAUUAAGUGGCUUGACUGAAAAUGUUAGAAAGAGCAAUAUAUCAAUUGAACAAGCUGAUCAAAUGUUGUAUGACUUUAUCAAACCAUUUACCCCUAAAGGUGUAUGUCCAUUAGCUGGUAAUUCAAUUUACAUGGAUAGAACUUUUAUUAGAAAAUAUAUGCCAAAACUCGAAAGUCAUUUAAGUUAUAGAUUAAUAGAUGUGUCUACUCUAAAAGAGUUGUUUAAACGCUGGAAACCUGAAUUAGCAGAUGAAGCUCCAAAAAAAUUACUUCAGCAUAGAGCUCUUGAUGACAUCAAAGAAAGUGUUCAAGAGCUCAAAUUCUACAAAAGCUGUUUAAAGUUAUGACUUAUGAUGAAAUAAAUACAAUUUGGUGACAUAAAUUUGCACCAAAACAAGCAUCAUAAAAAAGAAAAAGAAAAUGCUUAGUGGAUUGUCGCAUUGAACUUCCACACCUAAUUAUAGUUAUUUAAAAUCUAUUAAUAAGAUUAAAUGAUAACCUGAUCUUUACUGAAUUAUAUUGUCAUUUAUCAUUAAUUCUUCUGCUGCAUAAAACAACUAUACAUAGCAGAGUGCAUUAAGACUUAAGAGGAUGCCACGCCCACAUGUGUUUUCUCCGUCAUACAAAUGUAAAACAUAAAACUAAAUUUUCCAAACAAAAAAAAAAACUUUAUGAAAUGUCGUUUUUAUUUUUUUAAUAUAGGAACUACAAAAAAACUUAUUCGAGUUCAAAAAUAAUGGAUUUUGAAUUAAUAGGAAUUUUUUUCAUAUAAGUAAUAUCUAAAGAAUAAAAAUAAUAUUUUAUGGAUUAUGUUCUCAAUUAUAUUUUGUAUCAAUUUAAAGUCUUAAAACUCUUAACUAUCUCUACAGCCUGAGUGGUUUUAUCGCAUGCAAAACAAUGUUUACUAUGUUUUGCAUAAUAUGUAAGACAGAGACAACAUAUGCGUGUGUAGCAUCCUUUUAACAGAUAUAAACAGAUAUUGGUGUUAAGCCAUAUUUAAUUUUGUUUAUUCUUGCAAAGAUGAUCGGAUGAUGACAUGAGAAUUAUUGUUCAAUAAUGUUAAUGAAUACAUGUAUACCUUUGUAACCAGUUAUACUACUAUUAAAAUACUCUAUUAAUAUAAA